UUUAGACAUGCAUUCAGGAUUACGGAGUGUGUGUGUUUGUAUGAGAGUUGACUUAAAGUCCAAUAUAUUUAGUAUUUUGGCAACUGGAUUACAAAAAAAACCUUUGCGGUAAAACUAAAGUAAAAAAUAAAUGUGACAUUCUGCAAUUUAAUAAUUGAGAACCAUAAUUUAUCCUUGCAAAGAACCUUUUACCCGGACGUCAUAAGGCACUGCGCAAAGGUAAAAACAGAAGUAAAAUGUACAAAGUAAAACAAAAACCCAGUAAAACCCAAUACAAGCAUGCAGGCGAGUGAUAACAACACUCCAACAACAAAUAAUUUUUUUUAAACCCAUAGCUAAAUUUUUUUUAAAGGAAGGGAAAAAGCCUCAUUCGCACCGUGCAUAGCCAACCGUACUAAUUGCCUGCUCAUUCUGGCAGAAGGAAGCCCCCUCUUGGGGGUAUUUUUGGCCUAGUCUUCCACGCCGGCCAGACAUCUUGUAAGGGAUAGGAUUACCCACACACUUUAUCCCACCACACGUGGCCUGCCAACGAAUUAACUGCCGGUCGUGCCCAUUUACACUGCUGGUUGGACAGAGGCACGGGGGUGGGAGGCAGGAAUUUAAGAAACAUGCCCAUUGUUUAAACUGCCGCGUCGGAAGAUCGGUCCAGCAACUUGCAAGUCCCGUGCGCUAACCGUUACACCGCGGCAAUAUCCGUCUGUCCUACUGCUGUAUGUCCCGCUUUUGUUCUCACCACCAAGGGCUCACAAUUGAGAGGGUGCAGAGAAGAGACCCCCUUGAGGCCACAUUAGGAAGCAAGGGCAGCCUCAACAAGUCCACGAUGAACGGGAGCUUGGAGCACAUGGAGCAGCCGGACCCGGAUGCCAUCAAGAUGUUCGUGGGGCAGGUGCCUCGCGCCUGGAGCGAGAAGGAGCUCAAGGAGAUGUUCGAGUCGUUUGGCCCCGUCUACGAGAUCAACGUCCUGCGCGACCGCACACAGAACCCGCCGCAGAGCAGAGGCUGCUGUUUCGUGACCUUUUACACCCGCAAGUCGGCAUUGGACGCCCAAAAUGCCCUGCACAACAUCAAGACUCUCCCUGGGAUGCACCACCCAAUUCAGAUGAAGCCAGCUGACAGUGAAAAGUCAAAUGAGGACCGGAAGCUGUUCAUCGGGAUGGUGUCCAAAAAGUGCAACGAGGGCGACGUGCGGGUCAUGUUCUCUGCGUUCGGACACAUCGAGGAGUGCCGCGUGCUGCGUGGACCCGACGGCCUCAGCCGGGGUUGUGCUUUUGUAACGUUUUCCACGAGAGCCAUGGCGUUGAAUGCCAUCAAGGCGAUGCACCAAUCCCAGACCAUGGAGGGCUGCUCGGCACCGCUCGUCGUCAAGUUCGCCGACACGCAGAAGGACAAGGAGCACAAAAGGCUGCAGCAGCAGAUCUCGCAGCAGAUGCAGCAACUCAACGCCUGGGGUGGCAUGGCCGGCAUGGGUGCGCUGGCACCGCAGUACCUGGCGCUUUACCUGCAGCUUCUGCAGGCAGCCGCUACAGGAAAUCUGGGAGCCUACGGGAGCCUCCAGCAGAUGGCCGGUCUCAACGCCAUUCAGCUGCAGAACCUCUUGGCUUUGGCAGCAGCAGCUGCGUCACAGUCUCCCGGCUCGGGGUCCUCGGGCGGCGGACUCGGCUCAUCCACGGGUGGCCUCGGCGCUCUCGGAGGUGCCGGUGGCAGCUCCUCCAGCUCCUCCAGCUCUGGUGUGGGCUCCAUGGGCUCGCUGGCCGGGCUGCAGGGCCUUGGGGGAAACUCGGCGCUCAGCACCAUGGGCGCCCUGGCAGCUGCACUGGAGUCCUUUCACCUUCAUUCGCAAGGUAUGGGCUCGCUCAAUGGCGGCCUGGGGGGCUCGGGUCUCUCCAAUGGCACGGGCGGUGCCGGUGGAGGGGGAGGAGGCGGUGGCGGCGGCGGAGGAGGAGGCGGUAUGGAUGCACUGAACCAGGCGUACUCCAGCAUUCAGCAGUACGCCGCCUCUGCUCUGCCCGGCCUCUACGGCCACAACCUGGUGCAGAGCCAGGGAGUGGCGGGCAGCCAGAAGGAGGGCCCCGAGGGAGCGAACCUGUUCAUCUACCACCUCCCCCAGGAGUUUGGAGACCAGGACCUCAUGCAGAUGUUCGUGCCGUUCGGCGCAGUCAUUUCGGCCAAGGUGUUCAUCGACAAGCAGACCAACCUCAGCAAGUGCUUCGGUUUCGUGAGCUAUGAUAACCCGGUGUCAGCCCAGGCUGCGAUCCAGGCCAUGAACGGCUUCCAGAUCGGCAUGAAGCGUCUCAAGGUGCAGCUCAAGCGCAACAAGAGCGACGGCAAGCCUUACUGAAGGGUCGUCUCCCUCCCUCCAACUCCUCUCCGCCCUCACUCUGUCUCGCCAUCACCUGGUCCAUCCUGCCCAUCGCUAAAUUCCCACUCUCCAUUUCACUCCUCCAUCCCUCGUUCCCUCUCAGCAUCUCUCGUUUUUACCUCGAUCCAUGUUCGACUCAUCCCACGCGCCAUCUUUAUCCCCUUUUAGUCUUACCUUUCUGCAUCUCUUCCCCUCUCUCCAAUCUUUUUCUCUUUCACACUCUCUUCAUCUCGCUGUCUUCCCAUCACCGGAUCUGUCUCCCGAGAUCAUCCGGGCUGUCCUCCGUGGCUCCUCCCAAUCUCCCCGGCGCACUUCCAUCUCUCUUGUGGCUGGAGGGUUUCCACGUCCACCUUUAGCCCCAGCAUAGCUCGUUAACAAUAACGGGGCUUUAACUACUUAACGAGUAUAAUAACACUUUUGACAUGGCCGCACUCUCGCUAUCUCUUCUUGUUUGGUGUUUUUUUAUUUUUUUUAAAGAGCUCUUGUUUUUUUUUUUGAUGUGCGUUUAAGGAAGAAAAAAAGUAUUCAUUUUCUUUUGAGAGAAGUUUGUUUUAGGUGUUACCGUCUCAAAGUUUAAUUAUAUAUAGAUGCAUAAUAUACAUUUUUUUUGUUCGUUUUUAGUUUGGUUUAUUGUUAACGGUUUUUCCGCUUAAGUAACGUAUUGGCCACCUUUACGCGCGGCGAUGUGUGUGCGUGUUUUUUCUUGUUCUUUGUUUGCUGUGCGGUUUUUGAGGUGCAUUCUCCUAUCCUGUCCAGGAGCUCACGCCCCAGGUGUGUUUACAAUAGUGCCGUUAGGGCACCCGCGGGCUUCCUGGUAGUGCAAGUCGCCAAGUGUGACCCCGAGAUUGUGGGAUCGCAGUUACAAUCGUGCGAAAAGUCUCGCCCUGAUAUUGUGCAGAUUCCUCGACAUGUUUUUUUUCUAAUUUUAUUUAAAUCAAACUAAACAAAUCUAAAUCGCCCUAAAAUAACGGGGUAUCUAUUUUUUUGUUUGUUUAAAACGAUGGUGUGUUUUUUUUAUUCGCAAAGUAGAUUUUAAUUUUGUUCAUUUUGUUUUGAUAGGACUAUCAAAAUAAAUGGAAUCACAUUUCAUGAAAACGGGGGAUGUUUUUUUUUUUUACCAUUGGGGAUUUUCAUAAAUUGUGUCGUAUCCAAUUUACGGCAUGCUUUAAUAUUGCACAAUUUGUUGUGGGAUUUCGACCAAUAAUAAUCUGAUUCAUUAAUAUUGUAAACUCUUAAAAUGAUAGAUUUGUAUUUAGAUCCCAGCAUUUCACUUGACAUCGUGGAAUUAGCCACGAUAUCACCAUCAACGUUAUGGGACACUUUGUAAUUGUUCGAUCUCUGUCAAUAUCUCGACUGAUAUCUUCGCGAUUUUCUCGAACCGUCGGGAUGUCUUGAAAUUGUGGGAUCUCCCAGAAAAUCGCGAAAUUUUAUCCCGAGAUGGCGAGAUCUCUCGCGGCCGUGAUGUUGCUGGCGGACGGCACGUGUUUGUUUUUAGGUUGCGCGCCCUGUGCCUCAUGCCCUCCCUGUCUCCUUGGGUUCUUGGUUGAGUCCUAAAAAAAUUACGCUUUUGUGAGCCUCAGAAAUGUGUGCAGUGCUGUACUCGAUUUCCUUCAGCAAACGAUUUUCCCGAGAGAAGAAAAAAAAUUGUGUUUGGUUUACAAUUUAUGUUGUCUGUUGAGCCACAGUGUGGGGCCUCCCUUCUUUUUUAGCAGGGAAAUUGCAACAGGGUAAAACGGAAGAAGAAACAGCAAGAGGAAUGACGUCUUUAUUAUACAUGUACCUAUGUACACACAUAUGUUUGCUUUGAGAUGUUUGGGUAAAAUCUUUUUAAUUUCUGAACGGCUACGCGUAAUGUGAUCAAUCAUUCCACAAAUAGGCUUCAUCGCCUUCUAAGGAGGAAAUGGGUCAGAGCCGUCAGAGCCAGAAUAGGAUAAUAUUUGAAUCUUACCCAGAUCCUUCAGAUAGAUCCAUGCUGCGUUGCCACGGCCACCAGGAUGGGUGCUCCCUCGGUUCACGAACCUGGGCGCCCGCCGAGUUGUUCCCAAGUAGAGCCCCGCUGUUGUUAGCGCGACAUUUGACAUCUUGGCCGCCGCGCUGGGCACUUUUCUGCGAACUUAUUCGGGAAUUUAUUCAAGAACGUCGUCGGGGUGUCCUCAAGAAGCUCUCAACACGUACGGAGCGAAACGUCGGACAUCGUGCCGAACGGCGUGCGGCGGAGACCGGAAACACGUUGGGAGGGCGACGCGACACAAAAGCAGAACCCCCCCCACGCGGUAGCGAAAUCAUCGGUGGCUGGUUGCACCUCCUUGGUAAAUGGAUGUGAUAAGCAUUCUGGCACGAAGGCAAAAAAAUGCCUCCUCGGGUGAUAGUUUUUGUUUGUUUGUUUUCAAUUUGCCGUAAGGAGUGUGGCAUCGCGUAAUAAAGGAGAGCAAAUAUCAUUUGGGGGAGACGUUCUUGUACUGCCGACACAAUUUUCACGCUUGUUUUUUCACUCGAUAACUACGAUUACCGUAUUUUCCGGACUAUGAGACGCUCCGGAAAGUAAAACACGGGCAGAACUUACGUCUUAUAAUGCGGAUAAAUACGGUAGUUGUGUCUUUGUUGAAGCGUUUGUGUAGUUUUUGAAAGUUGUGGCACUGUAUAAAGGUAUUACUUUUUUUUAUCCAAACAUUUUGAAGCUCAUAUACAUAUAUAUGUGCAAAGACACGCGUGCAGGAUUUUGUGCAGGAAUAGUCAUUAAUUGCAAACAGACGUUUACAGAAAUUAAAUGAAUAUACAAAAUAUUUAGCUGUGAGGGAGAGAGUGCUAGUGUUUGUUUGGUUUUUUUGCCCUAGGUGCAGAGGGCCUUUUGUAAAUUAGGAUUUAUACUAUGGCUGUGUCUAUUAACUCAAAUUAUCAAUAUUCUGAUACUGCUACAAGAUCGAUCGAUCUGUGGAUCGAUCUUUGGCAAUUGUUCUCGAUACCCGUGUGACAUCAACGAAAUUGAUCCAAUACAGAUUAUGUUAAAAUAGUUCUUAACGCUACUCUUUGAUCUCAAACCCUCCACACCUCCACGUAAUAAUGUGAACCCCUUUACACUAAAUCCUAUCGCUCACCUUACAUUUAACCUUUAGUUCAAUCCAUAACCGUAAACUUUAAAACCCCGAAGGCCUCUGAAUCUUAGGAUGCACACAAUGAACGGUUGUGUCCGAGAGUUCCUGUGGAGCCCCAGGGCAUCAACAGCAGUGUGCUACACUCUUAGGUUGUUUCGGUAAAGUCACGUAGGUAAAACUAAAUAAAUAAUAAAUAAUAUAAAUAAUUACAGAAAUAAUAACAGAAAUAAAAUAAUAAAUCACGACGUUUCGGAGGCAACACAAGUCUCCGUCAUCAGGUGAGACGGUCACAACUAGAUUUACCGUUUCAAGUGAGGCAAAAGUCCAAGAGACUAGUUCUUAAAUACAAGUUAAGGGGGGAGGGGCUUAUCUGAAUGUGGUAGCCAAUGAAUGGAACGUGUUGGGGGGUGGGCGGGCGAGGCUGAAAGAGAACAAUAGGUGUACAAGAUGUCGUUAUACCCCGUGUUGGUUGACAAUCCAAAUACAAAAAGGAGAGCAGUAUGCUACAAAAUCUGUGGCCACAGGAUGGCCCUUAGGCCAUCCUAGCAGAGAGCUCGUUGUUUAAAUCCGUUAAAUAAAUUAGUCAAGGUCUUUAUUAGGAGUAAACAAAUUGCCAAAACAUUCAUAAAUUGUUGCACUCUGUCUCGGUAAACUAACUUUUGGGUCUCGGUGUAUCUAUAACUUGCAUUCCACACAAGUUUUUAGGCUGACAAUGUGACUUGGAUGUCAGCAAAAAAUAAAUAGCAACAUUUGUACACCCUAAUCUUCUGAAGCCUUUCACGGACAACAAUAAACACCAAUCCACAAUUCCCUAACCCCAUGUGCCUAUCACGUAAAGGUAUCGUUAAAAUAUUGAUAUUCUGUAGUAUAAAUUGUAUAUAGUGUGGGUACCAAAGCAUUGGUAUCACGCACCACUGCAGUAGUUGAGACUGGGUAGAGAUUAAACAGUGACUGGGUUGUUGGUUCGUUGUUCAUGGGAUAAAUGUGUGGCACAGUAUCGGGAUUUCUCCAUGUUUUCAAGAGUGCCAUAUUGAAUUUAGCAGUAAUAAUGCUAAAGACUGGUAAACGUAAAAAAAAAAGUUUAAAAAAAUGAAACCGAAGACAAUGAUCAUAAGAAAAAAUAAUAAAGGCGUUCUAAAAUAUUUUUAUAUAUUUUUUUACAAAUUAUCAUUGAGAUUAUUUAUUUCUUAAGUUAUUUAAAGCAUGCAAUAACGUGCUCGUGCGCAAGGCAAGGCACAAAUGCGGUCUAGGUGCUCGCGCAGCACUGCGCGUUACCUAGCCUGUCCGUCACGUUUCUGUUGUUUCUUUGGCGAGAACAAGGGGGUAUGAAAAAACAUUUACAGAUCCGUUUUGCCAUCAAGAGACGCCUGCUGUUAGUUUUUUGGGGGGGUUUGGUUUAAACAAAAAAAAUUGCUUUGUUCUUUUCACAGUCAUUGUCCGGUUGCCGUCUUGCUCAUUAAGUCCUGUGGACAGGAAGCCACUUAAAAAAAAUGGCAUCGUAGAUAUUUUCCGUGAUGCUAUGUGGCCAAAAUAUGUUUCCACCAAUUUUGUGUUAUUAUGUUGUCAGUGACUUGAAUCUAGAUUUCAAGAGACUGGAACUCAAGGUUGACGCAUGAAUGAAUCUUGACAACAAUUUUACUGUUAUUCUCAACAGCCUGGUAAAAUUAACAAAAUAAGUGUCAGCAGUACAAAGUCAGUCCCGAGCGGGGUACGUAAAAUAAAACUCAAUCAAAUUUCGCUUCGGGUGGAAGUGAUGGAUACAUACACGAUGGUAUGGGACACUAUUUAAAUUGUAUAUGAUAUGCACGAAGGCAGUGAAUUUUAAAACGACACUUUAAACAACGGCGGGUUAUAUCUAUAAUUGCUUCCCUGCGGGAGACGAAGGCGAUUGUUUAUAAUUGAAUGCCCUGUCUUCGGUCGACUGCGAUGGAGACACUCUCCUCCUCUGGUGUGCUCACACCCUGGCCAGGAACCCAGUCUCCUGAAACUCCGCUUCAAGCCACCAAGUGGCUGUACUCUUUGUCCUCGUGACCUUUAUAAAAGGCCUCCGAACACUUGGAAGCACGCAGUUAUAGCACAUCUGUCAGGAAAACCACGUUUUGCAAACGCAUACACUCCUGUGUAUCCUGGCAGCAACGUUAAAGUCCGGAUAGCAGAAGUGUUUAUCUUUUCUUUUAGGUAGAAAUUAAAUACAUUUGUUGACGAUUAAGUCCUGUCGUCUCGUGUUUGGCUGCUCAUGGUUUUUCAUGGAUACAUUUUUUUCCAGAGGAACCAUUUCCCAGAAUGGCAAAGACCGCCACAGUCUCUCUUUGACCUUCAUCGAGUACUCAAAGUAGUUUAUUUAUUCCUCUCUUUAACACGUAUCGGCCAUUAACACAUUACCUCCCGUUCACAAUCUUUAGAAGUCCUCAAAGUAAAGCCCACUUGCAAGAACACCCUGGUUAGUUGUUUUUUUCUCUCUCGCUCUCUCUCGCUCUCUUGCAGGGCUGAUAUUGCCCCUUUUUUGCUGAAGAGAAAACCCAGGCGAUGCUCUUUUCCACUGGAGCCCCUGCAGCAGGGCCUCCUGCAGAUCCUGCAGCAGUAUCUGCAUCCGUGUGUGUGGGGUGGGAGCUAAAGGGCUGCCCUGUUGCUGCGUCUUGAAACACUGCCGGGUGAAACCUGCUUCCCAGUGUUCUGAGACUUUUCAGCAUCUUGUCGUUUUCAACUGGGGAGUUGCUUUCUGGAAGGUGUGUAGUUGUUUGCAGUGUGUAGGUGUUUUUACCUGUGCUUUAAAAUGCGUUUAACAAAAAAAGGUACUUUGUUUUAAUAUAUAAUUAUAUAAAUACAGAGAAUAUUUGUGCGUUUAUUGCUGGUGGCGACGAAAGUGUGCUGGUUUUUUGUCGACUCGACGUCACGAGGCCACGUAAAUUUCAGGCUUUUCGGAUGAGGCUCGCGCUUAGCGUAAAGGUCACGAUCGCGGACACUUAUUCUGCUUUUGGUGUUCAACAUCGGAUGAGCAGCCCCUACAGUGCUUGGCGCACUUUUUCCCACGGGGGGCUGUCGCUUUCUUUCACGGGGGUUGACGAUUCACGCCGAAGGAAUGGAUGACCCCCCCAAAAAAAACACAACGCACGACACAAAAAAACGAAGUAACCUUUACGACGUGUCCUCUCAUCUGACGCAGGUGGGAAGCAUCGUUGCGGAGAAAAGUGCGCUUAGGUGAUUGGAAUUCUGAGGUUUGCGUGCGCCACCGUUUUUAACUCGUGAUGUCACCAACACGUGUGAUCCUGUCUCUGUAAAUGAGGGAAUCAUCCAAGUGGAGGAAUUCAGGAAAAAAAAAUUACACUUUUUCCGACAUGUUUACAAACUUGCCCUUGCUGUGAAUAUUGCACAUUACACUUGUUACAGCAAGGUCACCCUUGCAACCUACCUGCAAUCUAAAUGUUAUCGACGGCCAACAGUGAAAUUCUGGCGGAAGCGACCUUUAGAGCCUGCAGCAACGCAACAUCAUCCUACGUGCAAAUGCCGUACGGCUGGGUCAUCAGCAUUUUGAUUACUCCCGCAGCUUUUCUGCCAUUGUCUCUUGCAGCGUGUGUCCGUUAUCAGUGUACAAUCGACGUGAGCAAAAACUCGAAUACAUCCCUGGCUAUAUCGCCAUAGAAUCUCUCACCAUAGUACCAGCGGCGGCGGGGGUAGCGGCCGUGAUGUUUACCGACGCUGAAACAUCCGUUUUGUUUUGCAGGCCGCCUCAUGCGACGUUUGUUGAUUUCCUGAUGAUUAUAGCAGAACCCCCCCCCCCCUACGCACUCACCUGCAUUGUGCAAUUGCAUAAUCCAUUUUGAAUGGGCCGCGAAAACUGGCGCAGCGAUUCCUAUUCGUUGAAGCUGAGAGACAGGAUUUGAGAGGUAAUAUGUCAUUUCUUCUCCUUCCACUUAAAUUGCUUUCAUCUGCCUCAUUAGCCUGAGCGGACAUUGUAACAAGACUGCUUAGUGCGUACUGGGGGUUUCCCCCCCCCCCCCCCCCCGGGUUCAACAUGCUAUCCAACACCUAGGCAAUUUGUAUGGAGUUUAAUCGGGCGUGAUUGAACGCCGUUCACAACUUCCACAUCGGUCCCUUCAUCGCCAACAAAAGUUAAUUCAUUACGUGCAAGGCAACACUCACAAACCGCAGUGGUGCGUUGUACACCGCUUUUUUUCCAGACAGAAGAUUUCCACGCUUUAAAUCAAUGACACUUUCAUUUUUUGAAGCCCUCUUGUGUGUUUUGGGGAAGGCUGUUUUACGUGAUAAUCAUAAGCACAAUUUGCGGCAAUAUGAAUAAGCUGUACUCCGCCAUCCUAAUUAUAUAAAUAAUAUUGAAAAAAGGGAUUUGUUAUCGGAUUGCAUGAGCCGGGUUCCAAAAAUCCUGCUUGGCUUAUGAGAUCCGAUGGGAUCGUGCACAUUCAGAGUGAUUUGGUGGCAGGCACACACACGCAUGUAAGCUGUGACAUUCGAGCAGGUUCUGUGCCCAGAUACCCGUGCCAAAACUAAGUGGCUUCGUGUGAGGCCGCACGGGGAGGCGACGUCUCUCUCGCAUGGCCUGCAUGGCCGCGGCCGCUUCAUCACAGCUGUGAAAAAUGACAUUGCGCAGAAUAUGUAUAUCCCAUUCGUCACUCCGCUGCGAGGUGAUGGCCUCUCCAUGGUGCAUGGGUCAUAGGGGUUGUAUAUGUCCAUUCUUCACUCUGCUGGUGAGUGUGGAUUGGUGAUGGCAGGGAUUAUCGACGAGGCGUGCGUACAAGUACAGUAUAACAUUGGAUGUUGCGCUUCUCUGCUUCCCGCAAACAUAAACCUGCAGCGGCCUACAGCGCCUGUUUUGCAUAGUCACCCAUCCAAGCACUAUCCAAGAUCAACGCCUGCUUAGCUUUCGAGAACAGGCUCAUUUCUGAAUGAGUUGUGCAGAGCCUUUAGAUACGCACACCAACUCGAAAAUUGCGAGACUUCAAAUGAAUUGUAUGGUGAGCAGAAACUGACACAGCAGUUGAUUGAGUCACGGUGGAAGUAUAAACUCGUGUGAGGGCACUUGCCACGAAGGCAUUUGGCACUAAUUCGCCAGUACAUUCCCAAAUUCCCUCUGGUAAUUUCCUCACCGUGUGUUGUUUCACAUGAUGUCCGACGGUUCACUUCACACGCCGGGAGCUUCUUCAUGAGCUAAAGUCAAGAAGCUCCCAGCGCUGAAUUCAGUUCCCCGUAGAAGCUCCCAGCUCGCGGAGCGAAACGUCGGACAUCGUAUCGAACAUCGCACGGCACGACCCGAAAACACCGGAGAGCCACGUGGAGCACGAAGGGAAAUUACUGAAGUGCACCUUCAGCUGUGAGGUCGACAUCAAAGACCCCGUGACUUCAAUUUACAACACGAUGUUAGUGCCCGUGUAAUAGCUGCUACCCCAAACGUUUUAAAGCUGUCAUUGUAAAAAAAAAAUCCAUAUACAAACCAUUCCCACGUAACUAAAUUUACAUGGGACAAUUACAUCUCAGCAUGCUCUCGACUGCUUAAACAAAGAAUAUUUCAGCAUUUCAUUCGAAUUAAAACGAAUUAUUGUAAAGUUAAACGGCACUGCUGACACACGUGAAUAUGGGGGUGAGGGCUGUUACGACUUGAGGUUUUUAGCUGCCAAAACGUAUUUGAUGUCCUCCGACUAUACAUUUGGAGUAUUUCGAGAAUUUGGCUGCUAUAAAUUUCCACAAAAGCCACUUCGUUGAGCUCUCAUUUGUGGCCAGGUCGCUUCUGAAAAAGAGCUGUAUAGCUGAAUGGUAAAAUAAAAAAUAGCGGAGUUGAAAUAAUUUAUCAACGUAAAAAAAAAUCUCACUGUUCUCAGCCACGUGUACACCUUUUUUCAUUACAAUUUUAUAACAUAUCCACGUAAAUUAUACAGGCAGGGCGUGACAGUAGCUUUUAAAGGCAAGCUUAAUUUCAGAGCGCUAAUCUGCCCUGCCAACUCGCGUUGUGCACGGUCGAACGCUCCCUCGUGCCUGCACGUUAAUGAGGGCCACGCUCUUGACUCCUCAUCGAGUCCCAGGUGCUGUCCGCACGUGGACGUGUGCGCACCUGUGUGUGUGUGUGUUUUUUAGUAAGGCUCUGUGAACACAACCAUCGUGUAGUGAAUCUAUGGCGCAUACACUGUACGUCAGGAUGUAUUUCCUUAUAACUAAAUCUGGGACGAUAGACAAUUUUUCGUAGACGAAUCGACUCAAAAUUCAUAUUGCUACCUCUUGAAGGCAGGAAACCCCGUAAAAGGCCACGAACCUCCCGGCCAGCGUCACACAUGGAGAACCGAGGUAAAACUUGUAUUUCUCCACGGGUGGAGUAAUCUCUGCGACUUGGGAUUCAAUGACAUUUCGCAAUAGCUGGGCAGCGGGUGGGGCAUUGAAUAAAAAGUACAGCAAUCUCAUUAUUAGUGUGCCUGAGAUCACUGUGAUAUCACAAUUAUUUCGAUUCUAUCGGUCCACUGCUUUUAAACGAGGAGUCUCCCAAGGCCAUGGUGAGCCGUGGCGAUUGUUUGAACAUUCUUCACCUCACUGCUCAGUGCAAGUUGGUGGGUGCCCAGGACCAUGGCUGGGCAGUGAACCCCACCAGACACCCACUUGCUGGGCCCUGCUUGUGAGAGGCGGUACAGCAAGUAGAUCACUGACCUGCCUGUGCAAAGACGUGUGGGUCUUCUCUCGUACGGAUUGGUUUUUCUCUGGGCACUCCUGUUUCAUGCCUCAAAUCGAAAUAAAUAAAUUCAAGCCGUAAGUGACCAAACAUACCAGCCAGGUGCUUCCUGACAGUUGUGAGUAAAUAAUGUAAUUAAUCUACUGCUGGAUGAAGAAGGCCGUCCCACGCCAUGUGAGUCACGGGUUAGGCUGGGGUUCUUUGACUAUACUUCACCACGCUGGUCAGUGUGGGUCGGCGAAGGGAGUAUCCCAGCACGAGUCGAGUUCGGUCACUCGGGAGCAUUGUCGCCGUGGACGGGAGUAAUACGCAGGUGGCCGGGUACAUCCCGCGCGACACCGUUCCACCCCGUAUUUGCUAUUGUUACAUUUAUCCAUACUCUUUGGUUCUUUCGGUAAAGUCACGUAGGUAUAAAAGAAAAUAAAUCACGACGUUUCGAUCGCAACUGCAAGCGACCAUCAUCAGGUGGAACAGAUACAAGAUUUUUACAGUUGUUUGUGAAGCGUAUAACAUUUCCGAUGCAAACAACAAAAAAACAAGAACCAUCUGUAACAUCAUUGCGGUCGUUGAAUUUGUUGUUGUUUAAUCGGGGUUGUUUCACGAACGCGAUCUUAAAAUAUGAAGUAACAAAAAAACUGCACGUUGCAAUUCAACACUCUGAGCAGUGGCAGCGCUUCAAAGGGGCUGCUCUACCCCCUCUCCAUCCACGGAGCGCACAUUUGCACGCAAUGAAUUCUUCAGCUUGUUCGGCAGCGUUCACAGGACCCUAAUGACCGGUGCCCUUUCUAAAUCAUCUCGCGUUUCUGCACCGCCGGCUGCAGCACGCUGGCGGACGCUGCCAUCGUACUUCAGCCGCAGCAAUAAUUGCCGCGCCAAAGCAGCACGAUUUCUGUUAUUUAUUUUAGGAUUGUUCUCUCUGCCUGUUGUUUUGUUUGCAGUGUUGUGUUUGUUCACGCUUGUGUGUUUUCACCGUUUAUUAUAGUUUUUUCUCCUCCGUGUGGUUUCUUAUAUCUUUGCUCGGGCUAAUGAUCCGAAGCGCGCUUUUCACAUUAUCUUUGUAUGUCCCCAUUUAUAAGAGUACCAUACAUUUUAUUAAAUUAAGUUGAAAUGUAUAGUGCAGUGUUUGUUUUUUGGAAAUGUAAUUAGUACAGUGGGUCGGCAACCACAAUAACGAGAAGGGGCAUUUUUUUUUAUCAUCGAAUUCGGUAACAACAAAAACGCAAUAUUUCAGGAGCCGCAAUGCACCGUGUGGUGAAUACGAGACGGUGAUGUUAAGUCAAAAUGUGAUUGUCCUUCAUAAAUAACGUCACCAAGCAAGUCCUUAAAGAGUCGCAUGUGGCUCCGAAGCCGCAGGUUGCUGCUCCCUCGUGUUGGAUGUGAUGGUGGCACGGCGGUAACACUCGUAGCAAGAAGCACCUGGGUUCAAUUCCUGACUAGGGCGCCUUUCUGGGUUGAGCUUGUAUUUCCUCUCCCCUGUUCUGCCUUGGUCUGUUUUGGUUUCACCGCUUUCCUCUCACAGCUACAAACAACAACACAAACCCUACAAUGUAAUUGGUAUUGGCCAAACAUCCCAAUGCUGAAAAUAAAUACCUGAAAGUUACUCAAUUGGGAUCACACACAGCAGCAACGGCAAACAUCGUCCCCUCCUGCGAAAAAAAACUUGGUACGACCCUCCUGAAAAAGUGUAUUGAGACUCCGUGAGCCUUUGCUGGUAAACAAGUAUAAAUAUAUAUAUCUAAUUUUAUACAUUAUCUCUCUAGAUCCUGAAGCAAAUGUGUCAUGAGACAAUACGUUGUUGGCAAAUUACAAAUGAGCCCAUUUGCAGCAAAAGUUUUUUCAAAUGCACAUUAACGGUAGAUUUUUUUUAUCAGUUAUACCAACUCCAUCCAGAAUGCCCCCUCACAACCCCAGUCUGCUCUGUACAUAUGAUAGGCAUCCAUUAAUCUUGUUUAAAACUUUUUUUUUUUUUAAUAUAUACUUACCCAAUUUUAUUCCAAUCGUGCUGUCGGCUUCACGUCGUGCGGCAAAGUGGCCAUUUUUGAACUUUUACAGAGCGGCGUUUGGCCCAUGACAAAGAAUGUUCAAUGGAAGGCGAUGUCACAAAACUACUUCUGGUUUCCAUCAAGUGACUCCUUAUCCACGCUCAUGGCCCUUCACUUUCUCAUACACUCUGCUAGACGAAUAAACUUGACUCGCUGUAGACACGUUCGCCGGAUAUCAGUUUAAAAAUAUAUUAUUUAUAUUUUCUAGAUUUGUAAUUUGUUGCCGAAUUAAGUGAAACCCCCAAAUGUAAUACAAUAUUAGUGGCACACACUGAAACGUUUAGAGUAUUUGGCUGCUAUACAAUUCCACGUGAUAAGCCACUUAAUUGGGCUAUCAUUUGCAGUCUGUGCGCCUUACCUGGUAAAACAAAUAUAUAGUAAAAUUGUUUACAUCGUAUUUGAAAGCACAUUUACACGGAGAUUUUUCCUGCACUGAUACAUCGCGAUGUGUGAGCACUUGUUGAGUUUUUGUGUAAAAAAAAAUCUAUAUAUUAAACAAUAACAACCGUAUAAAGGGAAACUGCAGAGCAAUCUGGUGAGAGAAUUGAUCCACAGUAACACCGUCCCACUCCCUCCUCCUUACUUUAUAUCUUUCUCUCUGCAUUCCAGCCAUGUUAAAUGUGUGCUUGGCCACUUGUGGCACACGUGACUCUUGCCAUCGAAGGCUCAAGUAAAACAUCUUCACAUCCGACAUCGCGUUGCACGAAACAAGGGUGAACAUCGCACAGUGGGACAAACGCAAAAGUGAUCGUUCAGGCCAUGAAACAGCUUCAAGCAUCAAUCUUACACAUAUUGCUAAACUGCCCUACUCUUAAGACGUCGAGGUGACCGAGUGGUUCCCUACUUGUCCUUAAAGCUGGAAAAACAAACCGUUAUAAACUUGAGUUUGUAUUCAUUAUUUUUGACCGGUCAUCAUCAUCUCUCACGGCGGUGUUCUUCAUUGCAAGGCCCGCGGGCCCCUAGUGGCCCCUCGUGGCCUUUAGUGUGGCCCCUGACGUGCGGCCCCCGACAAUACACAACAUGUGAAAACACCCCACAUCAUCGUGCUGUCACACCCCAAUGGUUUCAAAUGUGUGGUGGCCCUCACACGGAUAUCUUAUCGGCGAAAGUGCCCCCCCUCGGAAAAUGUGAAGAACAACGUCUCACGAUGCAACAGUCCAUACAGCUCCCGCACAAGGCGCUGAUUUCAUCGAACCAGCUGUACGGUAGAUGCCGUUGGAGUGUUCCCUCCUUUUGGCUGCCAUUCCUUCAUUUUGUCUAGACCACCGGCGAUCAUCCCAUCCGGCGAUAUGUUCUACCCAAGCCCAAUUGCUUUUCAUAACAGUUACUGAGAUGGUGUCUCUUUAACUUGUGUAGGUUCUCUAACCCACGUUUGUCUAUGGGAGACUAUAAUGUGCACUGUGCUUGGGAAAAUGACUUCAUCUCUGGUCGAAGCUUGCGGUUCGAAUUAUAAUUUCCAGCGUUGCUCAUUCAGUUCUCUGACGCAGUCUCCAGGCCUCCGUGAUACUCGCCUCCUUUCUAACAUAAUUUGAAUGUUUCCGUGAAUUUACUUGUGAAAGGGUGGUCAUAUAAGCCUUCCUUCAUCAUUUGCUUGCCACUGAAACACUGAAUUUAUACUUUUUGUGGUGUUUUACUUCAGUUGCUUUAUGACUACAUUUGAGACUUCUCUGGUUAGUGGUCAUGUUUGGGAUAUAGCUCCGACUGUUAUGAAAAGUGGCAGUAGCAUAUUUCUAAUUGUCUACUUACACUCAUUGCUUGAGUCUUGCUUUUGGAAGGAGGGCAGGCAAACCCAUAAAACUGUAUUCCUUUUUAACCCGAUAUUCAUGUGUAACUUGUAGCAUUAAAAACAUGAUCAGAGACAGAACAAAAACAUAAAGACAAAGAGAGAGACUCAGGGAGACAUUGUGAAGCAGACAGAGAUAUGGAAGUCACGGACAAAAACAUAUAGGUACGGAGAUGGUGGACAUAGUUGGAAAUACAGAGAAACAUGAAGAUAAAUACAGAACAACACAAAACGUGUUAAAUACAAUAGAGACACACAGAAAUAGAAACAGAGGGACAGACAUAGAGACAGAAAUUGAGACAAACAUACAAAGAGACGUGAAGAGACAAAAGCACAGCCACGUAUAACAAAGACAAUGUGACAGAUAGCAGAAGUAGGUUUAAAAUGUAUUAAGAGGAAUAUGGAUCGAGACGCAUAGAGAAACAGAGUUGCAGAAAGGACAGAGAAGUGACACGUGGGCCUGACAAUCUGAACCCACUCCUGAAUCCCACCGACGGCAACCGAGUAUGAAGUCAGGAGGUCUCGUAAGCCUCACAAUUUUCGUGAUCUUUUCGAUUUAAAGCUUUCGUGACUGCAGGGAUUAAUCUUCUUGGUUCUUUCGGUAAAGUCACGUAGAAUGGAAAUAAUAAAAUAAUAAAAAUAAAACAUAAUAUAAUAAUAUAAUAUUGUAUUAUGUUUUAUUUCUUGGUUCUUUCGGUAAAGUCACGUAGAAUGGAAAUAAUAAAAUAAUUAAAAUAAAACAUAAUAAAAUACAAUUCUCACGACUUCGUGAUCACCCCUGAUAAGACGCGCGGACAUUGUGUGACGGAUUCUCUAAUUGUGCCGCUAUCUCGCAAUUAAGCAAUAGCAGCUGUAGGUGUGUUUGUUUGGCACGUGCUUGUGCACACUCAAUAAGAUAUCCCCAUCCCCGUGCUCAAGGGAGCAUCGUGCGGUCUUGAUAUCGUCUAUCAAGUCCUGAGGCAACGCUGAAAGGACUCUGCACUAGAUUUGAAGCUUUCGUGACUGCAAGGAUUCAUAUUCUUUGUU